AGAGAUAUGGAUAGAGUAUUCUUUAAUGUUGAUCAACUACUUGAUGAUACGCUCAAGAUUGUUAGAAUGGGCGUAUUGUCAAAGAGUGAAUGCAAGGAGAUAAUGAACAAGAGACAGGAGUUUGAACAAAAGAUGGUCAGAAAGGCACCAAAGAAGCACGACUACCUCCAAUACAUCAAGUUUGAACUCGACCUCGAUCAAACAGUUCACAAGAAAGGAAGAGAGAUGAACAUAGACUUUGAUUAUAGACUAAGAUCACCAUUGAGGAAUGCAAUGAUAUUGUUUGCAAGAUUGGUACAUAAAUUCCCAAAGGAUGAAGCAUUGUGGAUCAGUUAUCUCAAUGUUAGAUUGAAUAGAGCGAGUAAUGAUGGCACGGGUCGUGUGUUCUCAUUGGCUCUGCAACAUAAUCCACGAUCGGCCAAACUCUGGAAAUUGGCCGCCGCCUUUGAGUUUGAGAUUAACAGGAAUAUAAAGGCCGCGCGCAGUCUGAUACAGCUGGGCCUGCACUACUGUCCAGCCGACCACUCGCUCUGGCAUCACUUCUUCACGAUGGAGCUGUCGUACGUCGCUGUGCUCCUGAACCGACUGUCGACGGUCGAGGAUGCCGAUCGCGUGAUCAACGGCACAGCGGCCAACACACAAGACUCGAUUGAGCUCGACAGCAAACUCUCUGGCGCCGCUGGCAAGGACAACUUCAUCGAGUUUGGCGAGGAGAUAUACAACGCAACCACCCUUCGCAACAGUCCUGCACUUCAAGGAGGCAUUGCCACCAUCGUCUUUAACAAUGCCAUCGCAAACUUCAAGAAUGACUUUGAGUUCAGGAAGCAGUUCUAUAAGUUGGUGCAACAGUUCAUUAAUAAUGGCAAGUUGGAGAAGUUCUUGUUGGUCACAUUUACCAAGGCUGAGAAGGAUGGCGUACUUAAUGAGAGUGGAUACUUGAUCUAUGUCGAGUUGUUGAUCCAAUUGAACAAGAUCAAGGAAGCAAUGGACGUAGCAGUCAAGGCAACUACCAAGCAUGCCAACUCAAUCAAUCUGUGGAAUCAAAGAAUCAACAUACUCAUUCGCCAUAGCAUGGUACUUGGCAAUGCAUCCAACGCCACAUUUGACAGUGCCAUCCAACAAUGCUUUGAACAAUCAAUUCAACAGAUAUUCCCAAUUCCAACUUCCACAUCAACAUCAACAAAGCAGCUGAAAGAGGCGUAUACUUUAUGCUUCCAAUAUCUUCCAGUGAGCAAGAGGAUGUUCCAGAGCUGCAUUGCAUACCAGCGUGAAAGACCCACUCCAGAAUUAGCCGAGAUCAGAGACCUCUAUGAACGAUACCUCCAAGACGACUCAUUUGCACAGGACGACGUGCAAACAUGGCUGGACUACCGCGACUUUGAGCUUUACGUGUCCAAAGACAUCAACAAGGCCAACAUCAUAGCCAAUCGUGCUCGCAAGUCACUUCGCGAUCCCAAACAGUUCAUCAACGCACUUUCCAAC